AUGAGCACCAAGCUCUCCCUCUUCGGAACAACACCCUUUUCUUUUCAUACAGAAUUACCAUCAACUUCUUCGAAAAUACCGGUUAUAUCCCAUUCCCCUCUUAUCCUACCCUCCAACCACUCUCAUACCCUCAGACCCAAAAAAUCAACUGGUGUCUUGGCAAGUUGUGUUACUGCAGCAAAAGCAGAGGUUGAAGUUGAAGUUGCAGAGGGGUACACAGUGACGCAGUUUUGUGAUAAAAUAAUUGAUGUGUUCUUGAAUGAGAAACCCAAGUCUAGAGAUUGGAAAAGAUUCUUGGUUUUAAGAGAGGAGUGGAAGAAAUACAGCGAAAGCUUUUACAGUCGGUGUAAAAACCGUGCCAAUGCAGACAAUGAUUCUGGAAUGAAACAAAAGUUAAUUGAAUUAUCAAGAAAAGUUAAAAAGAUUGAUGAUGGAUGGGGAUGGGGAUGGGGUGGGGAUGGGGAUGGGGAUGGGUGUAAUUUCCACUUUAAACUUCAUCCAGCAUAA